UGUGGACAACCAAAAUGGAGAAAGCUCAUUCCGGGAGGUACUGAACAUACCGAGAGGCUAGGUUGGUAAGAGGCAGAGGGAAGUCGAGACAUCGGAGGGAGUGCUCAAACCUCCAGACAGCCCAGCUACCCAACCCUUCAAGCACCACCUGCUCUGCAUGUGGCAGAACCGGCAGGUUGAACAUUUGGACUUACCAGCCAACUCUGAACCGAUCAACCGGAAUUAUAGCAAGUCAUUCUCGAUCCUGAGCAACUGCCUAGGUAGAAGAAGAAUAUGACUCAUGUUUUUGGACAGAUUGUUCCAGCCAGGGAUGCUGCAGUUGUUCAGGCUGACUGAUUGACAUGUCCCUCUGCUGAGGGUGGGAUCAUCUUCCCCAGCACACUCCCCUGCUACCCAGAUUGCAUUCCUGAGCUUUAUGCUGAUGCUCCUAUAUAUAAGUCCAACAGGAAUGUGCAGACAGCAGGACAGCUGGGGCAGCAAUCAUUUCGAGUACGCGUCGACUGGGAACUGCUACAGAUCAGUCUCGCCUCUCCCAGAGAUUCACCAUCGGUCAUGGCGAUCCCUAUCGACCCAGCAGAGGAGCCUCGAAUUUACCAGCAGACUCUGCUGCAGGAGGGGCUCCAGGACCUGCUGGAGAACAACAAGUUUGUGGACUGCACCCUCAAGGUCAAAGACAAGGAGUUUCCAUGCCACCGGCUGGUGCUGGCGGCCUGCAGCCCCUACUUCCGGACCAUGUUCCUCUCGGAUCUCGAGGAGAGCAAGAAGCGAGAAAUCGCCCUGGAGGACGUGGAACCUGAAAUGGUUGAGGUCCUCCUUCGUUACAUCUACACCUCGGAGGUCCAGCUGAGCGACAACAACGUGCAGGACAUCUUCACAGCGGCCAACAUGUUCCAGAUCCCCUCCAUCUUCACCGUCUGCAUCUCCUAUCUGCAGAAGCGUCUGGGCCUGAGUAACUGCCUGGCCAUUUUCAGGCUGGGUUUGAUGCUGGACUGCCCUCGGCUGGCUGUGGGGGCCAGGGACUUUGUCUGCGAUCACUUCAACCUGAUCAGCAAGGACCAGGACUUUCUCCAGUUGACCCCCAACGAGAUCCUUGCCAUCGUGGCCAGCGACUCACUCAACGUGGAAAAGGAAGAGGCUGUCUUUGAGGCGGUAAUGAAUUGGGCGGCCCACGAGGAGAGCCAUCUCAAGGCCUUGCCGGAGCUGUUCGACUGCAUUCGCUUCCGCCUGAUGCCUGCGGAGUACGUGAAGGAGCGCGUCGAGGAGGACCCGAUGGUCAAGUCGAACCCAGAGCUCCUGAAGAAGCUUCAGUUAGUGAAAGAUGCCCAGGAGGGCAAACUGCCCCCGGGAAAGACCAAGAAAGAGAAGCCGGCCGCUGCGGGAACCGAAAACACAGAAGCCACAGUCAGCGCCGAGGCCAAGGAGGAAGAGGAAGAGCUGGUCCCCGGCAUCUUGAAUGAAAACCUACGGUUUGGUAUGUUUGUGAAAGACCUGAUCUUCAUGAUUAAUGAUGAGGCCACCGUGGCCUAUGACCCCACCAACAAUGAAUGUUACUUUGCCUCCAUCUCCAGUAAGAUUCCCAAAAACCACAUCAGCAUAGUGACCAAGCAGAACCAGAUCUUUGUAGCCGGGGGCCUCUACUACAACGAAGGUGAUAAGGAAAACCCACUGCAUUCCUACUUCUUACAGUUUGAUCACCUGGACUCUGACUGGCUGGGGAUGCCACCCUUGCCGUCACCACGCUGUCUCUUCGGUCUGGGCGAAGCUGACAAUGCCAUCUAUGUUAUUGGAGGGAAGGAGGUGAAUGAAGGGGAGAAGACACUGGACACUGUGAUGUGCUAUGAUCGACACACGUUUAAAUGGGGAGAAUCGGAUCCACUUCCAUAUGAAGUGUACGGCCAUUCUGUGUUGUCUCACAAUGCACGGGUGUACGUAAUAGGAGGCAAAGGAAAAGAUAAGAAGUGUUUUAACAAAAUGUGCGUGUAUAACCCCGAGAGGUUCGAAUGGAAGGAGCUGGCUCCUAUGAAGACUGCCCGCUCUUUGUUUGGAGCAACAGUCCACAGAGACAAAAUCUGGGUGGCGACAGGGGUCACAGACAGCGGGCUGACCGGAAGCAUCGAGGUGUACGAUAUAACUACGAACAAGUGGGAAGAAAUGGCGGAGUUCCCUCAGGAGCGUAGCUCAUUGAGCCUGGUCACCCUGUCCAAUUGCCUGUACGCGAUUGGUGGAUUUGCUAUGAUACAAGCUGAAUCUGGGGAUUUUGUCCCAACUGAAAUCAAUGAUAUUUGGAAGUAUGACGACGACAAGGAGGAGUGGAUUGGCAUUCUCCGAGAGAUCCCCUAUGCUGCCACAGCAACCUUCCUCCCAGUACGACUAAAUACUUUAAGAAUGAACAAGUUAUAAGCCAAUACUACUGUAAUAGGAACUGGUUUAAAACAGGUUGUUUGUAUCUGAAUAUUGGAUGAUGGGAAUAAUGUACUCUUUUUCUAAAAAAAAAUUAGCCAAGACUUUUUAGAACCAAUUGUUUUCAGAAAAGCAAUGCAG